AUGGCCGCCUCCUACCCUCCUCUGGACGCCCGUCCCCUCCCAGACACCAUCUGUCUCUUUGACGUGGAUGGAACUCUGACGCCCGCUCGUCUGGGAGUCUCCCCCGAGAUGCUCAAGACCCUGGCCACCCUGCGCAACAAGUGCGCCAUCGGCUUCGUCGGCGGCUCCAACCUGGUCAAGCAGGAGGAGCAGCUCGGCAAGCCGGCAGGCGUCCCCGUCGCCGACCUGUUCGACUUUUGCUUCUCGGAGAACGGCCUCGAGGCCUACCGGCUCGGCAGGGAGCUCCCGUCCAACAGCUUCAUCCAGUGGCUCGGCGAGGACCGGUACAAGGAGCUGGCCAACUUCUGCCUGCACUACAUCGCCGACCUCGACAUACCCGUCAAGCGAGGCACCUUUAUCGAGUUCCGCAACGGCAUGGUCAACGUCAGCCCCGUCGGCAGGAACGCCUCCAAUGCGGAGCGGCUGGCCUUUAACGACUUUGACAACGAAGCCAAGGUUCGAGAGAAGUUUGUCGCCGAACUUCAGAAGCGUUUCGGUCACUGGGAUCUCGUCUUCGCCAUAGGUGGUCAAAUCUCAUUCGACGUCUUCCCCAAGGGCUGGGACAAGACCUACUGCCUCAAGCAUCUCGAGGACGAAGCCAAGAAGCCCGGAGGCAUCACCUACAAGACCAUCCACUUCUUCGGCGACAAGACGAGCCCUGGGGGCAACGAUCAUGAGAUCUUUGAAGACCCCCGUACCAUCGGCCACACCGUCACCGACCCCCAGGACACUAUGCGCCAGCUCAACGAGUUGUUUGGCAUUUGA